CUUCCCCGAUUUCGUCGUUCAACGGCGUCUUCUGUCUUUUCUUUUAGCUACCGCCAGUCCGGGUCAACUUCACCCUCGGCCGAGAAUUCCUGACGGACCACGUCCUGAAAAUACGUACUGAGAACUAGGCGAAUAAGUUGAAGUGCACUCAACGGCCUUGAAAUCACAUCACUAGCUUUCAACCCCACCAUCGGCCCCGUUCACAUCUCCUCGCUUACUUGGAUUACCAUUGAGCUACGGACGGAGGUGACUGGCGACGUGUAGCAUCGUGGGCCAACAUAUUACCCUGGCCGGCUCAUCAUGGGCACCCAAUUACUCGGCAACUCAUCCGACUAUGGAUGGAUAGUCCAGAAGUUUGGCGGCACGAGUGUGGGCAAGUUCCCUGACAAGAUCGCGCUUGACAUAGUAAAGGCAAAUUUGUCUGAGCAUAGAGUCGUCGUCGUCUGCUCGGCCAGGAGUACUGGCAAAAAGGCCGAGGGCACCACCAGCCGCCUUCUCGGCGUCUUCAACAAACUGAAAACCAUUGCCGCGGCCAGUUCUGACGAGGAUUUGCAGCAAAGCCUAGUGGAUCAGGUAAAAAGCCUGAUCCUUGAAAUCAGCAGCGAGCAUGUCAACGCCGUGCAGUCCUUUAUCCAGGACCCGGACUUGCGGGCAGAGUUAUCUCGAGACAUCGAGGCCGAGUGCCAGGAACUCAUCGAGUACGUUGUUGCUGCGAAACGCUUCAAGCUCGAAGUCAAUGCGAGGUCCAAAGACCGUGUCAUCAGCUUUGGCGAGAAGCUGAGCUGUCGGUUCAUGUCCGCCAUGCUUAGGGACAAUGGAGUCGACGCGGCGUAUGUUGAUCUCAGCGAUUCUCUGCAUUAUUGCGCAUCGUCCAGGUUGGACACCGCUUUUUACCAGGAGACCACGGCUGUGUUCCGAAAAAAGGUAUUGGCUUGUGGGCACAAGGUGCCUGUCGUCACUGGGUUCUUCGGCAACGUGCCGGGCAGCCUCAUCGACGGCGAUAUUGGUCGUGGCUACACUGACCUCUGCGCCGCGCUCUGCGCCGUGGGCCUCAAGGCGGACGAAUUGCAGGUGUGGAAGGAGGUGGAUGGCAUUUUCACGGCCGACCCAACCAAAGUGCCCACUGCGCGGCUGUUGGCCUCCAUUACGCCCGCUGAGGCGGCCGAGCUGACCUUUUACGGUUCCGAGGUCAUCCACCAUCUCACGAUGGACCAGGUUAUCUACGCCAACCCGCCCAUCCCAAUCAGGAUCAAGAACGUCAAGAACCCGACGGGUAUCGGUACCAUCGUUAUCCCGGACCCGGUCCUCACCGCGGGCCACCAGAUUCAGCGCUCCGUGUGGUCCGACCCGGCGCAGCGGAAGAAGCCCAAGCGCCCCACGGCGGUGACCAUCAAGGACAAGAUCUCGGUAAUCAACGUCCACUCCAACAAGAGGUCUAUAUCCCACGGCUUCUUUGCUCGCGUUUUCUCCAUCCUCGACAGGCACCAGAUCUCCGUGGAUCUCAUCUCCACCAGCGAGGUCCACGUCUCCAUGGCCAUCCACGCUGGCAACUCUGAGGCCGGUCAUCUCGAUAAAGCACGCCUUGAGCUGGAGGAGUGUGGUGAUGUGAGCAUCCUACAUGACAUGGCUAUCUUGAGUCUGGUCGGUGCCGAGAUGAAGAACAUGGUCGGUAUCGCUGGACGCAUGUUCUCGACAUUGGGCGAACACAACGUCAAUCUGGAAAUGAUCUCUCAAGGUGCGAGCGAGAUCAACAUCUCAUGUGUCAUCGAUGCCCGGGAGGCCACGAGAGCCAUGAAUAUCCUUCAUACUCAUCUGUUUACCUUCCUCGAGUAGAUCGUUGUAGCCUUAUUGUUUUUCUUUUCUUCGCUCUAUUUCUUGCGCUUGCGGCCUUAUACGACGUAUUCUCUCCUGCGAGCGAUAUAGAGGGAUCUACGAUGAGCUAUGUAAGGACUCAUAUAUGUUCAAUUGUUCGCUUGGCGGAUCGGUCUGGUGCAUUUGGGGUGGGGGGUUUUUUUUUUUUUUUUUGGGGGGGGGGG